AUGAUUCAAAAUACAACGACAAAUAAAAAUGAAAUUCGAAUCUCAAAACAUGCUAUUGACUAUGCUACCGAAUAUCAUUAUACACCAUUUAAAAUGCAAUGUGAACCUAAACUAAAGGAUCAGAAAAAUGCCGCAAAACUUGUAUGUGAAAUUCUUAAUUAUGUUAAAGGCGAUUUUACUAAACAAAAUCCUGCUUAUUCAAAACCUCUGCUAUUUGACAUGUGGUGGAUAGAUGGAAGUGGAAAUCUCCAAAUGAUAAUUAAAUCAAUAGAAUUGUAUGUUUUUCUAUCUAAUAAAGAACGAUAUCCACAUGAAUUAAUGAACAUGAAACUAACAGCACAUCCACCUCAACAUCUUCCACUUCAACUUACAGCAAUAAUAAAAUGGUUGAAAAACUCAGUCACGUUAGAAGAUCUAAAUGAAGAAUUGAAAAUAAAAUAUAAGUCUAUCUUUAAUACUGAAGAAAUGAUGGGAACGGCAAAUGACAGA